AUGGGGCUCGCAUUUACAAAAUCUGCCAAGAAACCUAGUUCCUUUGACACAGGUAAUACUCUUCUUGUGCCUUUUGAGUUUGCUUUGGGAUUACAAGAACAAGAUUCUAUAGAGAAUAUGUUGUCAAUAGUUGCCGAGGGAAGUUGGGAACCGCAUGAGAGACCUGAUCCCUCCGCCCAAGAGGAUCCCUCUGCUCCUACUUGGACUGAAACCCCAUGUUCUCCAAAAGAACCCCAGGUCAGUAUUAAUCCCGCUCCCACUCCUCAUUUCUAUGUUGAACCAUUGACUAUUGUUCCUCCUGAAAUGAGAUCUCUAUCUGAGGAAGAGAAUGAAGACAAUGAGGAAGACUAUGACAAUAUGGCUCUUGCAAGCUUCAUUAGUGUUAGGAGUAGAAAGACACCUCCCAAGGAGCCCACUAAUAAAAGGACUACUACUAGGUUGCAAAAGAAGGAGGCUCUUGAAUCAGUUCUAAAGAAAAACAAAGAAGAAAAGAAGAAGAGGAGAUUGGUGAAGGGUGGAAAGCUUGUGAAUGAGGAAGUAGUGCCUCUAGCAUUUGUUAUUGACAUUGAUGAUGAGGUGAAUGAGGAACACGAUUCCUUAGUUCGUAAGUCCUCCAAGAAACCUACUGUUCUAAGAUCUAGGAAGGAGUCAUCUGUGAGUGUGAUGGAUUUUAGCAAUGUUGGGAUUGAAGAGUCUGGUGAGAAAGUGACUAAAAAGUCUGGUGAGAAAGAGUCUGAUGAGAAGGGGUCUGAGAAAUCUGUGUGUGAGAAGGUGUCUGAGAAGUCUACAGACAAAGGGAAAAGUGUGAGAAAGUCAGUGAAAAGGAAGGUUGGCGCCAAUAAGGAACCUGGUUCCUCCAAGAAGGCCAAGGUUGGAGUGACCAAAGAUGUAGGAAGGAAAAAUCUGAGAAAUCAGAAGUGGACACAUUUCUUCACAAAUGAGAGUCCCAAAGUGUAUGAGGUAGAGGUGCGUAUUUUCUAUGCUAACUUUUUCACAAUAGAGGAUGAAAAUAUCUGCAUAAAUGUAAAUGGUGUUGACUUUGUGAUUGAUGAGGUUGUAUUGGGAACCAUUUCUGGAGUGCCUACCGGUGGCAUAUCCUCCAUUGAGGGGACCUGUUCUCAAAACUUCCGAAAUGCCAUAUUGAAGGAUAAUGCAGUACAGCAAGGGGAACGGGUACACAAGAAGGCCCUCCUUCUAGUGUACAUACUUAUAUUUGAAAUGGUGAACAAAGUUCUGCUCCCACAUGCAGAGAGACAUUCCACUACGUCAAGAGCAGACUUGUUUCUCAGGGAAGCAUUGGAUGCCUGCACCACUAUAAACCUGACUUGUCUCGUGAUAGAGCAUAUGAAGAAGGUGGCAGAUUUUAUGGAUGGUAAUCAUGGGUUUCCUUAUGGGCUCCUACUCACUAAAGUAUUUGAAUUGUUCAAAGUCCCUUUGAGAAAGACUAAAGUGGGAACUCGCAAGCAAUCAUUCUCCAUGACCAACUUAGAAGAAUGUGAGUGCAUUGAUAAGAGAGAAGGGGUUGGCAGUAAUUCUACUAUCUCUCAACUGAUUGAAGCUCAAAAUAUUAUCACCGAAGAGAUAAGGAAGUUGAAGUCAAGGAAUGCCAUUAUCGAAGGUCAGCUUAGUCAGGCCACGAAGGCACCUGGUUCUAGCAGUUCACAAGGCACAAAGGUUGCCCGUCUGACCAAGGAAAACGUUGAUCUCCGGAAAUAG